AUGGGUGUGCAUACCAUAGCCAGGGACCAGGAACCAAUCUCACAAGAUAUUGUUGGGUAUCUGCCAACCAUCAACUCACCAGCCACAGAGUUGAACACUGUGUUUGAAAUCCUGAAACAAUCAGAGCUAAUCAGGAAGGAGCUGCACCUAGAGACAAUAGUUGUAGUCAUGGAUCAAGCGCUCUAUGCAAAAGCUGCUGAGAGAACCUGGAAGCACAGAGAAUGGUUCCCCAACAUUCUUCUCAGGAUGGGGACAUUCCAUACCAUAUGUAAUGCCUUAGCCAUCAUAGGAAAGCGGUUUAGGGAUGCUGGUCUAAAGGACAUAUGCAUAGAGGCUGGAGUUGUUGCAGAGGGGUCCAUCAAUGGAGUCCUUGAUGGUAAACACUAUAACCGUGCAGUCAGGGUCCACAGGUACAUCUCAGAAGCACUAAUGAGACUUGCAUGGGAAGAGUUCACACCCUGGGUUGAGAAAAAUGCUCCAGAGAGUAGUGGGAUGAUCAAAUCAUUCUUGGAGGAUGUGAAAGACAUGACCAGUGACCUGAACCAAGAAAAGAUGACCAAUCUGCUGCAAAGUCCACUCUCCGCUGAGCUAAUAACCCUGUGGACAUACUUUCUAGAACACCUCCGUCACAACAAUGGAGAGCUCUCUGGAUUCUGGAUGUCAUACAUUGACAUGGUAGAGGAUGUAGUACUUGGCCUUCUGCGUGCGUCUCGUGAGGGGGACUGGGAGUUGCACCUCCAUGCAAUAAGAACCAUGAUCCCAUGGUGCUUUGCCUACGAUAAGAUGAAUUAUGCCAGGUACCUGUCCCCUUACUUUGCUCAGAUGACCAACCUCCAAGAGAAGUAUCCUUCUGUGUAUGAGGCCUUCAAGGCAGGCCAGUUCUCAGUGCAGCUGUCAAAUAACAACACAUUUGGGAGGAUUCCUGUAGAUCAGGCUAUUGAAGUCACAGUGAAUAAAGACACACAGACUCCUGGAGGCACAUUAUACAUUUUCUGA